AUGUCGGACGCACACCAGUCUCCUCUCUUGCUUUUCCCGCUCAAGUCCACCGAGGAGGUGGAUCUCGGCUCUGCGGUUCGAUCGCUCAUCGCCAACAGCUACGGAGAGGAGCCGAAAAAGUAUGCCGAGCAGACUUCGCAGCUUAACCGCGCACGUCAAGAUGCGGUGAGGGGCGCCGCCUCGGACGCAACAGGGCGCGAUCUGCUCUUCAAGUGGUUCCACAUGCUCGAGAUGCUCGAGCUGCGCUUCCCUGAGCUGCGCGUGCCGUUCCCGUGGAAGGACGCCUUCACACAAAAGGCCAUCUCGCAGUCCAGCCUGGCUUACGAAAAGGCCAGCAUCAUCUUCAACAUCGCCGCCACGCUUUCUUCCCUCGCAUCGUCGCAGCCGCGCAUGCCUGGCAACGCCGAAGGCCUCAAGCGUGCCUACACUGCACUUCGCCAGGCGGCAGGCAUGCUCAGCUACAUCAACGAGAACUUCCUCCAUGCGCCCAGUACCGACAUGAGCAAAGACGUCGUCAAGUGCCUUGUCGGCAUCACACUCGCUCAGGCAUCCGAGGUCUUCUUGGAAAAGACCAUCGAGGAGAAGAAAGGGCCCGGUCUCAUUGCGAAGCUCGCAAGUCAGACGGCGACAGCGUACACGGCGCUCGUUGAGGACUCGCGCGAACAUCUCACCAAGGGCAUUUUCGAGCGCUCCUGGACGUACCUCAUCCAGGUCAAAGCAAAGCACUUCACCUCGGUCAUGCAGUACUACAAGGCGCUGGCGGACGAUGCAACUGGAUCGCACGGCGCAUGCCUUGUGCGUCUCACUGUGGCAGAGACGGCAGCGAAAGAGGCGCGCAACCUUCUCACCACAUUCAGCGCCGCAGCCGCAGCUACAGCCACAGCCGAUCGCCCGUCGCUCCCCACGGACGCGGGCUCAGCGCUCACCGCCAUCGUCAACGCCCAGGUCACUCGCUGCGCCGAGCGCAAGGAAACAGCCGUCAAGGAUAACGACCUGAUUUACCACGACAUCCUGCCGUCAGAGUCGUCGCUUCCUGCGGUGGACAAGCUUGUGGCAGCGACGCCGAUCGCCAUUCAGGAGAUCUUUGCGGCUCCCGAGGUACAGCGCGUCAUCGGCCCCGAUCUGUUCCAGAACCUUGUGCCGCUGGGCGUGCACGAGAAGGCGUCGCUGUACUCGGAGGAGAAGGCCAAGAUCGCACGAGCCGAGUCGGAGCGCCACGACAUCGCAACGGGCGAACUGCAGGCCACGCUCGAAUACCUCGGCCUGCCAGGCAGCCUGAAAAAGUACCGUGCCAUCGCGCAGGGAAGUGGUAGCGGCGCUAUGCUCGACUCGCUCGCUGAUCCUGGCGCCGAAGUGAUGCGCUGGUCGAACGAGGAAGCCGAGGGCGGCGGCGGGCGUGGUGCCGAUGGACUUGGAGUCGGUGCUGCUGGCAUUGAUUCGGCGUUGAAUCGCAUCGAGAGCAUCAAGACGCAAGCCGCCAAGUCGAUCGACGAUGCGCUUGCUGAACUUGACAACGAGAACCGCGAAUGCGAGAAGCAGCGCGUACGCUUCGGACACAAGUGGAGCCAAGAGCCCUCUCUCAAGCAAACCAAGGACAUGCGCCAGAACCUCCGAGAGAACAAGGAGGCCAUGCAGCAGGCGUCGCAGAACGAUGCGCAGAUCGGCGAGCUGUGGCGCUCGAUUCGCAGCGACAUUCAGCUCCUGGUAUCUGGGCGCGAUGCACUCGAGGGCGCCUUUGCAGCCGCGCUGACGGGCCAGACGGGCCUGUAUGGCGGUGCAGGCGCGCAGACCUCGCUGAUCGACGUUUCGGCCGACGAGGAGAAGGCGUCCGAGUCCGACGUCGCAGCGGUCAAGGCCAAACUGGGCCAGAUCGAUGAGGCUCUCACCAAGCUCAACAAGAUCAAGAAGGAACGCUCCGAGGUGCUGGCGGAUCUGAAGGAGAAGAUCCAGACGGACGACAUCUCGCAGGUGCUCGUGCUCAACCGUCGUGCGCAGAACGUGGACGCGUCGAUCUUUGCGGCGGAGCUGGAGAAGUUCAAGCCGCACCAGAACCGGAUCGCGGUGAGCCUGCAUCAUCAGCAGGCGCUGCUGGGCGAGAUCGAAGGAGCGUUCAAGGAGCUUUCGGAGCUGCCGGCGUCCAAGGCGGCGGGCGCGAGGUGGGACGAGAAGGAGAAGGCGCGCAACCAGCUCGUGGCACGGCUGAGGAGGGCGAGGGACUCGAAUGCGCAGGUCAGGGCGGGCGUAGCCAAGGGCGUGCAAUUCUACUCGGAUCUCGAGGAGAUUGUGCGGGAAACCAAGGGCAAAGUCAACCGCUUCUGCACGGAUCGCAGGACGGAGAGGACGCGGCUGGCGUCGGAACUCGAGUGGGAGGAGAAGGGAUCCGACACAAGGGUCGGUGCGGGUGGUGCGGAUCGACUGGCGUCGUCAAUGGCGGGACUGAGCGGUUUGGGUCAGCCGUCAGGUGCGGGUGGCCCGCCGCCACCCCCGCCUCCGCACAGGCAGACGAGCUAUGGCAGCGGCUACCCGCCGGGUCCUCAGGAGGUGCGCUCGCCCGGACCACCUCCGCCGCCUCUGCCGCAGCAGCAGUCGUAUCAGCAAGCGUCGGCGGGAGGCGCAUCUGCUCACGACCCUUACCAGUCCAUGUUUUCGACUGGACCGUUCAACGACACGCGCGCUUCGCCUGCGCCGCCAGUGUCUCAACAGCGAGGCGUUCCGUAUGGUCAGCUUGGCUACGGCAGUGACCCGCAUGCUCAGCCGCCGAGGGCCGCGUCAGGCGGGUUGCCGCCUCCGCCUCAGCAAUUCCAGGCGAGCUUCAGCCCUGCGCCGACAUCACCCAGUCAGGCGAGGUACACGUCGCCGCCGCCGCCGCCGCCUGCGCAGCACUCGUACGGACAGCAUCCGCCUCAACAUGGAGGGUAUGGACAGGCGCCACCGAGCGGGCCUGGAUACGGAGGAUAUGGCCAGCAGGAGUACGCUUCGCCUCCGCCGCAGUCACCCUCGCACUACGGUGGGUACGGCGGCCAGAAUGCGGGCUAUGCGCAGCACGGCCAGGGAUACGCGCAGCCGCCUCCGCCGCAGCCACAGCACCAGGGCUACGGUGCCCCGCAGCACGGAUAUGCUCCGCCGCCGAACGCGAACAGGCCUCCGCCGCCGCCGCCCCAGCAGGGACAGUAUCAGCAGCAACACGGCGGCUAUGGCUCGUACCAACCGCCGUACUGA